AUGGUUGAGCAGCGUGUUACGAGCACUCCGUUGCAAUUGCAUGAGCUGAACAUAGUGAACAAGUCGCAGAACAACGUGGAAGAAGUGCAUCGCACGCCAACGAAGCCUAAGAACUUACCGAGUACCCCCACUGUAGUCAAGAGUCCUCAGAGAACGAUACCUGCACGGGAGGCCGAUGAUGACGAGUUGAUCUACCAACUGGCUGCUAAGAGAAGGGAAAUCAUCGAUUUAGAAACGAAACUGGGGUCACUGAAGAAGGAAGUACAAGUGUUGGAAAAUCAAUUCAAAGUGAAACAUGGCAAUGAGGAUACAACUAGCAAUUUCAAAUCUAAACUGAGAUUCAACACCAAGAACUCCUUUUUCAAGAACAUCGUAGACAAGUUCAACGAGUUUAACGUCAAUGAAGACGAAUUCGAUUCGAACGUCAGAACUAAAAACGACGAUGACUUCUAUUUGAAAGAGGGCUACGAUUUUAACGACGAAGAAAUAGACAGGAACAAUGCUGCUGAAGAGACUGGACAAUUGCGUAAGCUUAAUGCCAAGGACAUCGACCUGCUAAGGCGUUGA